AUUCGUUGUUUCCAAAGAACGCCUACUACUGGUUCUUCCCCCUUCUCUCUGCACUCCCUCUGUCUAAUAUAUUCGGGUUUCCGAAAGAAUGCCGACGAUUGUUUUGUUAUACAACUGCGGGGUGAAUGGAAAACGAUCGCCAGCGAGCUUCUUCCCCUUCCUCAUUUCGACAGAGUGUUUAUUUUACGGCAAAGGCAGCUACAAAAAUCGUCGGCGAGCCUGGGACUUCUUUCAAUCUCAGCGAGUGUAUUCUACAGUAGAGGCAGCGAUAAAAUUCAUCGGCGAGCGUUGUGUCCCCUCCUCUCGGCUCAAGGAUUGUUGAAAUCCUACGAGCUCUAUCAUAUUAACCCUCCGGGUUGUUGUCGUUGUUCCCUCAAAUCUCCCGACGCCAACGGUUGUCUCCAACGCUUUCAACCUAAUUUCGAGUUGCAGAGUUACCCUCUUGGCAGCUGUAGAGUUGUGCCCUUGGGCGUCCACUGUUUCUGUUCUCGUGUAAGUUCCAUUUGGUCCGCUUAUAUUGAUGACUUAGAGGGUAUUGGAGAUUAUGCAUGGGGAAGAUGCGUGCGUAAUUACUUGGUAGCUGACCUAGAUAGGCUCAUAUACAAUAUGGAAGGGGGUUCUAGCACAGGCGCAUCCGGCAUCAGUGGAAAUCUAAUUGGAUGCAGCACUGCAUUAUUGGUUGUUGAAUCUCUAACCCCCAAUGCUGAUGAGCUGCCCUUACUGGAUGUGGGUGCAAAGGUCCCGGUUGGUGAGACCGGUGGCCCAAGUAACGAGGAGAGGCAUGGAGCGAGUGAUCACCCUGAUCCUCCCUAUGAGUGUAAAGGGAGGAAGGGUUUCUGUAAAAGUUGCAUGGAAUCAUUAAAAUACCAAAUUUUUCAGACGGAGGCCAGCCAGUAUGCAUUGACGAUGAAGCAGAAUGUAGCGCUUCGCGCGAACUCUCUUGAACGGGUUACUAUAGAAGCGACAACCCAGUUUUGUGAGAUCUUUGAGCCUUCACCCUCCGUUAUGUCCAUGUACCAACGUAGAUCACAACAGGCUCAAAGAGAGCGGUUCCAAAGUAGUGCAGUGGUCUCCCCAUAUCAAGCUCCAAGGCAGCAUAGGCAUGUUGCGAAGGAGUUUGCCAUUGUGGCUAGUUCAAAGAAAGGGCAACAAGUGAAGUUUCCCAAUGGACCAUCAAUUUGGUCUUCCUUUAAGAAUAAGAAGACGCUACAAAAAGAUGAUUUGGCAGUGAUUAAGUCGUUCUUGUAUAGUUCCAUGGGAGACCAACAAUACAUAUGGAGUAAUGAUGAUUUUUGGUUGAGCGCACGAUGCAUGCGUCACCUAUUUGACCCAACUGCUUGGGUAUAUGACAAGGUGAUUGAUGCAUAUGGGUUCUUGUUAAGUGCAAGACCCACAAAUGCAAUCAAAAUCUGCUACGUGUCAUCGAUGGCCCCGCUUUAUUUUGCUGGCAACCGGCUGACCGUGAUACAGAUGUAUUCAAUUGGUUGCAGCCCAAUCUGAUAUUGGCAUCGGAGAAGGUCUUUAUACCAAUAAUGGGCAGAUCACAUUGGUAGUUAUUGGUGCAAUCAAAACUAAGGGAGAAGUUGGCGCCAAUGAUUCCUGGUAUCAUCGGGUGGCCAUACGAUUUUGCGACCUCAAUUCCAGAACAACUAGGAAAAUGAUUGAUGUACUACACUGGGAGAUCGGCGCCCAAAUAUUGCGACACAGCAUCCCCUAAGUGGAGUAAUGACUUAGCUCAAAGCAAUGAGUCAUGCAGAAAGGAAUCUUCUAGUAACUGGUAAAACUUGUGAGGAUUUGAUCCUGCUCGAUAAUGGCAGCCUUGAGAACCCCAAGUGAGGUAUGUGCUGGAUCUUCUAGUGUUUCCAUGGAAAUGCAGUUUUCAGAAGUUGCAAGUCGUGUCAAGGGUACAUCAGAUUCCCCUUUCCAGAAUUGUGGUGUGCUGGAUUUGGAUAAUCAGAUGCAAAAUGCACAUGCUGAAAAUGACAGGUUGGUGAACUAUGAGCCUGAUCAGAGCACCUGUGGAGAUCCUCCAUCUACAUAUGCUGAAGAAUGGGAAAGAAGCAGUACUCCCAUAAAUGUGAGAGAGAGCUCAGAAUGUUCUCAGAUUGACAACUCAUCUGAGAGGACUUGUAAAAGGACUCGGGGUUCAGUGUUUUCCGAAGGGAUUCAGGAUAAGAAAUCACAGAAAUAUAAUGAAGGCAAAAUUGGCCACAAUAAAUGUUAGAGAAUAAAACCUAUUCAAGGACCUCGCUUAAUAGCUUAAGCUUUUAGGUUGAA